AAGGCCUCCUGUAGGGAGGCGGCACCAGCCCUCAGUGGAAGGAGACAAGUCCCAGGGUAUGAAACAGGACCCCUGGGCCUUGAGAGCAGCAUACUUCAACUCCCAAAAUCCUGCUUCCCAGCAGAGCACGGUGGAGAGUAACUGGGCCUAUGUCCUGUUUUUGGGUGUCCUGGGCUGAAGUGACCCAGCCACUGGCCGUAGGGCUGAGACCUGAGGUGGGGCGUGACUUCUGCUUAGGGGAGCCUGAAUUCCAUGGGGAAACUCCAAACCUCUCCACUCCAGCGUCUGCCCCAUGACUUGCCCCCAGGUCUCUCUGGGGAUGGGAAGCCCCUGACUGGGGAUAAGAGGGGAAAGGACUAUACCUGAGAGACAAGCCUCUCUGCUUCAGGAUAUUAACUUGGAAGUUGUAUUUAAGUGGAGGCUGGUGCCUGAGUUGUCUUUAGGGAAGAGGGUGGGGUGGUGGGAAAGACUUGGACUAGGCUCCCCACCUCCUCUUAGGGGGCAGCCCAGCCUGGUGCUAAGACUACCCCAGCAGGGAGGCCUUGUGCCCAAUACCUGCCUGGGACCUUACCCUGUGGCCACCCCCAAGCCCACCUGGAACCCCUUCCCUGUGUUCCUGGGGCACUGCUGGGCCCUGGGGAGUGCUGGGCACAGGCUACUCUUACAGGGCCAUUCUUUCCCAGCGCCCUCCUCCCUUCCGUUUCCGUGGCCACGUAGGGGCUGGCUGGGGCUGGCCAGAGGCUGCGGCCCAGUGCUGAGCAGGGGGGCCAGCAGGCAUGGGGGAAUAGGCCUCUGCUGCCCGCCCCUUCCCCUCCGCAGGCCCGCCCCAGGGCUGGGGCCAAAUGAAACCACUGGAGGAGGAAGCACGGAAUCAGGAACUGGCUGGGGGUCGCACAGGCCUGAGUCUGUUCACGGCCACCCCAGGAGCAGCUGCCUGUGGGGGACAACACUAUGGGCUUCUCUUCGGAGCUCUGCAGCACUCAGGGCCAUGGGGCCCUACAGCAGAUGCAGGAAGCUGAGCUUCGCCUGCUGGAGGGCAUGAGGAAGUGGAUGGCCCAACGAGUCAAAAGUGACAGGGAGUACGCAGGACUGCUUCACCACAUGUCCCUGCAGGACAGCGGGGGCCAGAGUCGGGGCAUUAGCCCUGAUAGCCCUAUCAGCCAGUCCUGGGCCGAGAUCACCAGCCAAACAGAGGGCCUGAGCAAGGUGCUACGGCAGCAUGCAGAGGACCUGCACGCAGGGCCCCUGAGCAGGCUGAGCCUGCUGAUCCGUGAGCGCCAGCAGCUGCGCAGGACCUACAGCGAGCAGUGGCAGCAGCUGCAGCAGGAUCUCAUGAAGAUCCACAGCCAUGACAUCGAGAAGCUGAAAAGCCAGUACCGAGCCCUAGCACGGGACAGUACUCAGGCUAGGCGCAAGUACCAGGAGGCCAGCAAAGACAAGGACCGUGACAAGGCUAAGGACAAGUAUGUGCGCAGCCUAUGGAAGCUCUUUGCCCACCACAACCGCUAUGUGCUGGGGGUGCGGGCUGCACAGCUGCACCACCAGCACCACCACCAGCUGCUGCUGCCCGGCCUGCUGUGCUCGCUGCAAGAGCUGCAUGAGGAGAUGGCAAGCAUCCUGAAGGAGAUCCUGCAGGAAUACCUGGAGAUGAGCAGUCUGGUUCAGGACGAGGUAGUGGCCAUUCACAGAGAGAUGGCUGCAGCUGCUGCCCGCAUCCAGCCCCAGGCCGAGUACCAAGGCUUCCUAAGACAGUAUGGGUCUGCACCUGAUAUCCCGCCCUGCGUCACCUUUGAUGAGUCACUGCUUGAGGAAGGAGAACCACUGGAGCCUGGGGAGCUACAGCUGAAUGAGCUGACUGUGGAAAGCGUGCAGCACACGCUGACCUCAGUGACAGAUGAACUGUCUGUGGCCUCAGAGUUGGUUCUCAGCCGACAGGAGGUGGUCACUCAGCUGCAGGGCGAGCUUCAGAACGAGGAACAGAACACCCACUCCCGGGAGCGGGUGCAGCUUCUGGGCAAGCGGCAAGCACUGCUGGAGGCCCUGCAGGGGCUGCAGGUGGCCCUGUGCAGCCAGGCCAAACUGCAGGCCCAGAGGGAGCUGCUGCAGACCAAGCUGGGGCAGCUGGGCCCUGGUGAGCCCCCGCCCGUGCUGCUGCUGCAGGAUGACCGCCACUCUACAUCGUCCUCGGAGCCGGAGCGAGAGGGGGGAAGGACGCCCACUCUGGAGAUCCUUAAGAGCCACAUCUCUGGAAUCUUCCGCCCCAAGUUCUCGCUCCCACCACCACUGCAGCUUGUUCCUGAAGUACAGAAGCCCCUGCAUGAGCAGCUGUGGUACCACGGGGCUAUCCCACGAACAGAGGUGGCAGAGCUGCUGAGGCACUCUGGGGACUUCCUGGUGCGGGAAAGCCAGGGCAAGCAAGAACAUGUGCUGUCAGUGCUGUGGGACGGCCUGCCGCGACACUUCAUCAUCCAAGCCUCAGACAAUCUGUACCGGCUAGAAGGGGACGGCUUUCCCAGCAUCCCGUUGCUCAUCAACCACCUGCUGUCUUCCCAGCAGCCCCUCACCAAGAAGAGUGGCAUCAUCCUACACAGAGCCGUGCCCCGGGACAAAUGGGCACUGAGCCACGAGGACCUGGUGCUGGGCGAGCAGAUCGGACGGGGGAACUUUGGAGAGGUGUUCAGUGGACGCCUGCGAGCAGACAAUACCCUAGUGGCAGUGAAGUCUUGUCGAGAGACGCUUCCGCCUGACCUCAAGGCCAAGUUUCUACAGGAAGCAAGGAUCCUGAAGCAGUACAGUCACCCCAACAUUGUACGCCUCAUCGGUGUCUGCACCCAGAAGCAGCCCAUCUAUAUCGUCAUGGAGCUGGUACAGGGGGGGGACUUCCUCACCUUCCUGCGGACAGAAGGCGCCCGCCUACGGGUGAAGACCCUGCUGCAGAUGGUGGGGGAUGCGGCCUCUGGCAUGGAAUACCUGGAGAGCAAGUGCUGCAUCCACCGGGACCUGGCUGCUCGGAACUGCCUGGUGACAGAGAAGAAUGUCCUAAAAAUCAGUGACUUUGGGAUGUCCCGGGAGGAAGCUGAUGGGAUCUACGCAGCCUCAGGGGGCUUCAGACAAGUCCCCGUGAAGUGGACUGCUCCUGAGGCCCUUAACUAUGGCCGCUAUUCCUCUGAGAGCGAUGUGUGGAGCUUUGGCAUCUUGCUCUGGGAGACCUUCAGCCUGGGGGCUUCCCCCUACCCCAACCUCAGCAAUCAGCAGACUCGGGAAUUUGUAGAAAAAGGAGGCCGCCUGCCCUGCCCAGAGCUGUGCCCUGACGCUGUGUUCAGGCUCAUGGAACAAUGCUGGGCCUAUGAGCCUGGGCAGCGGCCGAGCUUCAGCAACAUCUGCCAGGAGCUGCACAGCAUCCGGAAGCGGCAUCGGUGAGGCUAGGAUCCCCUUCUCAAGCCACUGGUCCCUGUAGGCCUGAGUGGUUCUAGUUAACACGCUGGAUAGCUCUUCACAGUCCUGGACUCCAGCCACCAGCACGUGUCCUACCAGCAGGGUGCCUUAGCUCUGCACCCUCCAGGCAGAAGCAAUAAAACCACUUGUGCCCACUGA